GAAUGAGAAAACAGUGCGGUUUGUGCUGCGGACGCGCUACUGUCACUUCCAGCAGUUGAAUGAAAAAAUACUUACAGUAAUAAAUAUUCUUUACUUUCAAUUAAUUACUCAAUAAUUAAUUACUUAAACUCGCAGUAAAGAAUUACUAAAAUCAAAAGUAAAAAAUAAUCAGCCGAGAUUUAUUUUUCGGAUAAAGUGUUUUUAUAAAAAUAAUAAUGUGAAAAGUUGUAUGUAAUAUAAGUUAUGCAUGGAUACAUAAAAUAGCAAUUUUACGAAAGGAAUUCAUGAAGCGUGAGAGGGAUGGGUCAGUUAAUAAUCUUUGUUUUUUGUAAUGCAACUAUUUCCUAUUGUUCUUCAGCGUAGUUCCAGGUGAAAAUAUCUCCGGAUCUAUAGCGCUUGCGUUUAAAUUAUUCUUCUGAAUUAUUUCCUCGUGACCUGACCCGAGCUGUGAUAAGCCGCUAAAAUGAUUUGAUAUAAUUAAGAAGAAUUAUGAAGCCAGUUUCACACUAAAUCAAACAUUCAAAUAUUUUAAAUCUAAACUUAAUAAAAUAAAAAAAAAUAUGUGGCCGAUUUUCAGAAAAAUUUGUCGCACUUGGCCCCUAGUCUUAUCAACUAUCCUAGUUAUUUUAAUGGUUCUUGUUUGGUCACAUAAGAAGCUAAAAAGUAGUGAAUAUGCUGACGAUUACGGGUCAUUAAGAUUGACAGAUGAUCAAAGAGAUUACAUAGACAGAAAAGGGAUCCAUGUAGUAGUUGGACAUUACAUAGGCGACUCGGUCGACCCGAUGAAGACUCCAAACGUGACUAAAGAAAUCGUAAAUAAAAAUAUGUUCAACCCGCGAGCUUACGACGGCAAAAACGGAGAACCAGUACUUAUAUCUUCAAAAGACUUUCCUGUGAUGCAGCAGCUCUUUCAGAUCAACAGGUUCAACCUGAUGGCCAGCGACCGAAUUCCCCUGAACAGAACACUGCCGGAUGUCAGGAAGAAAAAAUGUAUUAUUAGAUAUGCUAAUUUGACUGAUUUACCCGAGACCUCUGUUAUUAUUGUCUUCCACAACGAGGCUUGGAGCACGCUCAUGAGAACUGUUUACAGUGUUAUCAACAGAUCACCCAGAAAAUUUCUCAAAGAAAUUAUUCUCGUCGAUGACAACAGCGAUCGAGAGUUUUUACAAGAGUCCCUGGAUGAGUAUGUCAAGACUCUGGCAGUUCCAACCCGAGUUUUGAGGUCUGGUACCCGCGUAGGACUAAUAAACGCGCGGUUAAUUGGAGCCAAGGAAGCUAAAGGUCAAGUUUUAACUUUUCUUGACGCCCACUGCGAAUGUACGGUUGGAUGGCUGGAACCAUUAUUGGAAGCUAUUUCUAAGAAUAGAACACGAAUAGUCGCACCAGUGAUUGAUAUUAUCAACGAUGAUACAUUUGCAUACACGAGGUCAUUUGAAUUACACUGGGGAGCAUUCAAUUGGGAUUUGCACUUCCGUUGGCUGACAUUGAGCGGUCCAUUGAUGAAGCAACGUCGUGAGAAUAUUGUCGAACCGUUCAAGACCCCGGCAAUGGCUGGAGGGCUAUUUUCAAUGGACCGUGAAUACUUUUUCGAGCUUGGAAGCUACGACGACCAGAUGAAGAUCUGGGGAGGAGAAAAUCUCGAGUUGUCAUUCCGAGUUUGGCAAUGUGGAGGAAGCGUCGAGAUCGCGCCUUGCUCACACGUCGGACAUCUCUUUAGAAAGUCUUCCCCGUACACCUUCCCCGGGGGGGUAGGAGACAUUCUCUACGCGAAUUUGGCGAGGGUUGCACUGGUCUGGAUGGACGACUGGGCGGAGUUUUACUUUAAAUUCAACCCCGAAGCAGCGAGGCUCCGUGACAAGCAGCAGAUCCGCGAAAGACUCGCGCUGAGAGACAGACUCAAGUGUCGCGGCUUCGACUGGUAUCUGGACAACGUUUGGCCAGACCACUUUUUUCCUAAAGGUGACAGAUUCUUCGGGAAAAUCGUUCAUCGGCAGACAGGCAAGUGCUUGAUGAAACCCCUCAUCCAGGGCAUGUAUGCCCAACCUGCUGGGUAUGCGGUUACUGAGCCUUGCGUCAGUCCUCCUGAUCUCAUCCAAAUGUUUGUUAUGACUAAAGAUGGCAUUGUUAUGACUGACGAGAGUGUUUGCUUGGACGCUCCGGAGCGUGAUACUAAACACGAGAAACCCAAGGUCAAAAUAAUGGCCUGCAAUGGACUUGCGAGGCAAAAGUGGAAUUAUAAUCAUAAUACAAAGGCAUUAAUUCAUAUCAGCUCUGAAAUGUGUUUAGCCGUGAAUCCAAACCGCGAUGAAGGCCCGGUAAUAGCUGCGUGCAAUGGAAACUUUGAGCAGCAAUGGGAAUUACAAUCCGUGCCUUGGAAAUGAAUGAUAAUUAAAUAUUUUUAUAAAUCACUUGAAAUGAUACUUAAAAAAAAAAAAAAAACUAGCUAUUAUUAAAAUUUAACGACUAGUUGAAUUAACAUGACAAUUAUUUGUAAAUAAAUGAAUCUUAUAAAUUUUUAAAGAAA